AUGGUUCUAGCAACGAAUUGCCAUUUUUCUCGACCUAAUCAAAUUAGCCCAUCGGGUUGGGUUGAUCUGAUUGAUAAAUGUAAGGAAGAAUCAAACGAUACGAUUUGUUUUUCAGGCUAUAAUCCACGUGUCGCAUAUUAUCACGAAGCAGUUGGUUGGUGGCGAGUACUGCACAGUGAGAAUGAAUGCUUUACCAAACAAUAUUUGCGUAAAAAAUUGGCUUGUAAAAGUGAUCAAGAAACACCAGAAGAAGGUUGCUAUCGAGAUAAAACACAUCACAAGAAUUUUUUCCUUUGUUGGUGUACGGGGUCAAAGUGCAAUACAAGGGAAAAGAUAACAGAAAUUUACAAGAAAAAUAAUACAUUAUUUGUUAUUGGUGGUGAUUGUAAACCAUUUGAAUUUUGA